UGCUCCCCCUCUCUCACAGUCCUGAAUUUACCCCUCUCAGGGGCUCCCUGCACUCUACAGACCUCCCCCAACUUGUCUGCUCAGCCCAGAUUUCAGACAGCCUGGCCAUAAAGGAUAGAAAGCUGUAGGAAGAAUAACGUUUUGGUGGCUACAUUUCCAGUGACCCUUGUACUCAGCUGGGCACAAAUAUCCUUGGUCGGACCACAUGCCGGUGUUUAUUUUGGAAAAUAGGUCCUUUUAGUUACUGGCUGAAGUCCUGCCGUCUGCUGCUCUUUUCUCUUGAUUUGGAGGCCACCAAGGGUCCCCCUCCCAGCAGAACUGGGUGCCCAGGACAGCUGACACCACCGUGGGGCUGGCCCAUAUUUGUUUCUGGGAUCACACCCAACCCAAUAAUUGUCUCCACCUUCUCCAGGGUCUGGACCCCUCACCAUGGGCACUGAGGUCCUGACCUCCAGCCAUUCUCACUUCUGGGAGUGGGCACUUGGAGAGCAGGAGGCAGCAAAGAUGGACCCUGACCAGUCCUCUCCACGCCAAGUGUGGGGAGAGGCUGACACUGGGGAUGAGCUGGAGCUGAUUCGGCCCAGCAUCUACCGCAACGUGGCGCGCCAGCUGAACAUCUCCCUGCACUCCGAGAGCGUGGUGACCGACGCCUUCCUGGCUGUGGCCGCCCAGAUCUUUGCUGCAGGCAUCACGUGGGGCAAGGUGGUGUCCCUGUACUUGGUGGCUGCGGGGCUGGCUGUGGACUGUGUGCGGCAGGCCCAGCCCGCCAUGGUUCAUGCUCUCGUCGAUUGCCUCGGGGAAUUUGUGCGCAAGACCCUGGCAACCUGGCUGCGGAGGCGCGGUGGAUGGCUCUAAAGACCCGCUGCCUGGCCCCUGCACUGCAGAAGGCAGCCUGGGGAGGGACUUCAGGCCUGAGAGGGAAAGGCCCAGCACUGCCCUGCCCUGCCCUCCCCACGGGGCUCCAGUGCCUAGUGAGCGAUGGCAUUGGUCAUCUCCAACACUGUCUCCAUGCCCCUAACUACUCACCUGGCCCAGCCAGACCUUGGGGGCUGCUGGGCCCUGGGCAUGGGGCGGGGCACCCUCACCCAUAGAUCUGUUUUCUCUGUAAAAUAGGUGUGACACACUGGCAGGAGUGUCGAGCUCAGCCCUCCGUUGAGGUUGCAGCCAAGGGCUGUGGUCUCAUCUGAAGGGGGCAUUGGGUGGGGAGGUAUUGCCUCCAGGUGACUCCCGUGGCUGUGGCACCCCCAGCACAGGGACUCUGAGGCCUCUGUCCUCUCCUGCCCACUCCACUGAAGCCCCACUGGGGCUGGACAUGGUGGCUUCCUGGCAUGGGGCCCAGCUGCCUCCUCUCCCAGCUGAGCUCCCUUCCCUUCUCACCAUCUGAAUCCUCAUGGAGGGGUUUGGUCCCUGCUGGAGCCUUCAGUCCCCUCCAGACCACAGACCUUCCCUUCAUGGCUCAGUGCUCCCUGUCGGCUCGGCUGACACAGGUGGAAGGCUCGGGGGCCUCCGCUCCCCACUC